UCUUUGUCCCUCCUCUGGUCGGAGGAGCACUCUGCAUCUCUCCCUGCGCAUCCUGCUCCGGAGCACCACCACGAUGAUCCGCCGCUGCGCCGUCACCGCCGACAACCUUCACCUCACUGUCACACUCUCUUAACCCCUUGGCUCGGCCCCCCGCGCGGCCCCCAUGCCCUGCCCUCCGCCGGAGAUGCGCAGCUGGGACACGACCUCCCGAAGAGCACCCUCAUCGUCCGUCGCGCCUCGCCGAUAGAGAGCAUGCCCGACACGGGGACGGCAGCGGCGGGCGCCGCGGCCGCGGCCGCCGACGGUGGCCCCGAGAGCAGCCGGCACCGACACCGAGCGCAGCAGGGGGACGCGGAGAGGCCGGAGCCGGGCGCCCCCGCCCCGCCAGCCUCCUCCGGUGUACUGGAUAAGUUGUUCGGAAAGCGGCUGCUGCAGGCUGGGAGACACAUCAUGUCUCACAAGUCGUGGAUGAAAACGGUGCCCACGGAGAACUGUGACGUCCUCAUGACAUUUGCAGACGCUACAGAUGACCACACGUUGCUAUGGCUACUGAACCAUAUCCGGCUGGGAAUCCCAGAGCUCAUCAUCCAAAUUCGACAUCAUAAGCGCACACGAGUCUACGCGUUCUUCGUCACCGCUACAUAUGAAAAUUUGUUGCGAGGUGCUGAUGAGAUGGGACUGAGGAAAUCUGUGAAGCCCGAGUUUGGAGGAGGAACACGGAACUUCUCCUGUGAGGAGGACUACAUCUACGAGAACAUUGAGAGCGAGUUGUGCUUCUUCACCUCACAGGAGAGGCAGAGCAUCAUUAAAUACUGGCUGGACAAUCUACGUGCCAAACACGGGGAGGUGCUUCAUAAUAUCAACUUCCUGGAGGGCCAGCCAAUCAUCCCGGAGCUGAGUGCGCGAGGUGUGAUCCAGCAGAUGUUUCCUCUCCAUGAGCAGAGGAUCCUCAGUCAGCUGAUGAAGUCCUGGGUCCAGGCUGUUUGCGAGAAACAACCCUUAGAUGAUAUCUGUGACUACUUUGGGGUGAAGAUCGCCAUGUAUUUCGCCUGGUUGGGUUUCUACACCACUUCUAUGUUAUAUCCCGCCGUGAUCGGCUUUGUGCUCUGGAUGCUCACUGAGUCAGAUCAGACCAGCCGUGACAUCUGCUGUGUGGUGUUUGCACUGUUCAACGUGGUGUGGGCGACUCUGUUCCUGGAGCGGUGGAAGAGGCGGGGGGCCGAGCUGGCGUACAAGUGGGGAACUCUGGACGCGCCGUCGGAAUCCCUUGAGGAACCAAGGCCUCAGUUCCGGGGAGUCAAGCGCUGUAGUCCCAUAACCGGAUGUGAGGAGUUCUACUACCCUCCGUGGCGGAGGCGUGUGUUCAGGUGGCUGGUCAGCCUGCCCAUCUGUAUCCUCUGUCUCUGUUUUGUCUUCCUGGUCAUGCUCAUCUGCUUUGAGCUGCAGGAAUUUGUCAUGGGGAUCAAGGAAAUGCCUCGGCUAGCUCGCUUCAUCCCCAAAAUUAUGCUCGCCAUCACUGUGACUGCAUGUGACGAGGUGUACAGGAAAAUCGCCUGGUGGCUCAACGACAUGGAAAACUAUAGACUCCAGAGUGCCUAUGAGAAAAAUCUCAUCAUCAAAAUGGUUCUUUUUCAGUUUGUAAAUUCUUAUCUCAGCCUUUUUUACAUUGGAUUCUACCUCAAAGACAUGGAGCGUCUGAAAGAGAUGCUGGCCACUCUGCUCAUCAUACGCCAGUUCCUUCAAAAUGUGAAGGAGGUGCUGCAGCCUUAUCUGUAUGAGCGCCACAAGCUGGGCGAGCUCACACUGCGAGCUGUGUGGGACCUGCUGCUCUCAGUGCUGCUUAAAUAUGCCCGACUGGCUGCUGGAAAAGUCCAGGUCUCUCCCACUGACCAGUCCAUGCCAGGACCUGGACUGAGGGGCACCCGGCCAGGGUUGGGGCAGCCUGAAAGAAGGGAGAAGAAGUGUUUGAACGGGGGAUGCGGGGUGCCUGAUGAAGAGGAGGGAGGCGAGAGGGACGAGGCUGACAGCGGGAGGUUCAGUGAAGGGGAGACGGAGGAGGAAAGUCUGAUCGACUGUGGUUUGAAGCUGAGGAAAGUCAGCUUCAUAGAGAAGAUGGACCGAAGGCCAGUCUGCAGUGGCCCCCCCAUGGACAACAGUUUCCUGGAUGAGGGGAGCCCCACCAUGGUGGAAAAAGGAAUGGACCCUGCCUCGAUGUUUGAGAUGUGUGACGACGACGACGAUAACGGCAUCCAUGAUGUGAAGGAGUCCGGUGGGGGAGGGACGGUUGCGGCCGAGGGAAUUAACGCUGCCGGUGCUGCUGCUGCCGGCGCUGCUGCCGCCGGCGCUGCUCCGCUGCCUUCUGGGUCCGAGAGCAGCACGUCACUGCGACACAGAAGAAGAGGCAGGAGCACAGAGAGACCCGUGCCCAAGACGAAAAGGGAAUCGUGGAUGGACCCACCUGAAGACAGGGAGAGCAACACACUCACUCAAGCUGAGAUGGAGAGCUGCAUGCAGACUUACGCUGACACUUUCCAGGACUACCAAGAGAUGUUUGUCCAGUUUGGAUACGUGGUGCUCUUCUCCUCCGCCUUCCCUCUGGCUGCCAUGUGCGCUCUCAUCAACAACAUCAUUGAGAUCCGCAGUGAUGCCUUCAAGCUCUGCACUGGUCUGCAGAGGCCCUUUGGACUCCGAGUGGAGAGCAUCGGCCAGUGGCAGUCUGCGAUGGAAGCCAUGGGCCUGAUUGCCAUCAUAGUGAAUUGUUACCUGAUUGGUCAGUGUGGUCAGCUUCAGCGUCUCUUCCCGUGGCUCAGCCCAGAGAUUGCCAUCAUCUCUAUCGUCAUCCUCGAGCACUUUGCCAUUCUCCUGAAGUACAUCAUCCAUGUGGCCAUACCUGACAUUCCUACAUGGGUCCGAGAGGAGAUGGCUAAACUGGAUUAUCAGCGCAGGGAGGCCUUUAAGAAGCACGAGCGGCAGGCGCAGCAGCAUUACCAGCAGCUGCAGAGGAGGAAGAGGGAGGAGGAGGAGAGGCAGAGGCAGGCGGAGCAUGUGGCCCGCAGGGAAAGGGAGCGGGACGACAGCAAGGGUGACUCCUCCGGAGAUCACCACCACGACAAAAGUCACGGCAGCAAAUCGCGCUCCGGGGGUGGAGGCGGGGGAAGCAGUGGGGGGUCAGACAAACCCAAGAGGCCCAGCUCUCUGCUGGCCAACAAUAACGUGAUGAAGCUGAAACAGAUCAUCCCGCUGCAGAGCAAGUUCUCCUCGGCCGGAGCCCGCUCCCCGCAGUCACCCACCGGCACUGAACCGAAGCUCCCUGGGUUCCUGAGCUUCAAAUUCCUCAAGUCACCUGAGAACAAGAAGGAAGUCGCUGUGGCCUCUGCGGCUGCCGCCACAGCCGGCAAUUCCGCAGCAACAGCAUCAUCAUCAUCAUCAUCUUCCUCUUCAUCAUCAUCAGGUAGCAGCUCACAAGAGCGUUGUCUGUCACCCAGCAAAGCCUUCAACCCUGGGAAACUGUUUAACUUUGGGAAAUCUGAGGGAGGGACAUGUGUGAAUGGGGCUCCGCCGCCCAGACCCGGGGAGGGAUCAUCGUCACAGACAUCUGACAGACACAUUUCCAGGUCUGACUUGAACGGCGUUCCGGACGAGAUCCCCUCGCCUGGAGGGGAGGGGUCGGAGAACGGACAUUCAGCGGACUUGGACUUGGCUGGCUCUAAAGUUUAGUGGCUCCAGAGAGAACAAACUGGUCUUUGGUUACGUCUCAACUGAAGAAGUGGUUGUGUUUACUGUGAGGAAAAGCCUGAGCCACCCUCUGUAUUGUCAUAGGCAGUGUGUAGAAAUGCCCGAAAGCAGAGAGAGGAAAAAGAUGAAACUGACGAAAAGGUGAAUGUUGGUUUGGUUUGCUAUUUUGCUGAGAAACAAAAAAAAACAGGCUUUAUAAGAAAGUCAUUAGUCUUGCUAUUAUGACCGGAUGAAAAAAACACCCACACCCACCCACACACACACACACACACCCACCCACACACACACACACACACACACACACACACACACACACACACACACACACACACACACACACACACACACACACACACACACACACACACACACACACUCCCUUACACACAAAAACAUACGAACCCUUCCUUGUCUGCAAUACAUGAAGAAAUGCAUGAGCUGCAUUUCGAAUUUUUUCCAGCCUUUAAAAACAGAGAGCUGUGUUUCUUGAUUUCUUCUAGUCAGAAACUGUAAGCGUCUUGGUGGCUUCCUUCUGGGACAUAUCAACUUGUUGCGGAGGAAAAAUGAAUACAGCGGUAUGAAAGGAUCGACGAUUGUACAUCCAAUAACUGCUGAGAGUGGUCUUCAAUGCAAGUGAUUCGCUAGACAUCCGUCUGUUGACCGUGAGGAAUUCUUGGGCCCCUCACCUUUGUAUUGAAGUGGGAAAAAAAAUCUAAAAAGCAAUAUCAAUCGGUGUUUUACAUUAUUCUUAUCGAUCAUCACCCGGACCCUUUCCUCAAUAAUCAUCCGCGAGACUAUCACCAGCUUUAUUUUCAAAGCAGAGGUGAUGUCUGAGCUUUUUCGACGCGUCGUCCCACAAUGUGGCCGAAUCCGAUUUGUUCGGAAAGAACGAAGGAGCUUCCCAAGUCCGGCUGUGACAGACCAGUGUUUUCCCGAGAGGUCGAGUGGAAGAGAGAAAAGAAAAAGGCAAACAAAUCCGUAAAUAAAUAAGAGCAGAAGGUGAUUUUGGAAGAAAAAAAAAUGGAGCACAGAAGCCUGUUGAGUGCGGCCCUCCAUCCACGCCCGUAGACAGACGGAGCUCCAUUCCACACACACACACACACACACACACACACACACUUACCAGACUUGGCAAACAAGGGUUGAGUUAAAGAAAUAACAUUGCACUAAGCCCUGACGCCCUGCAUAGAAACACGUCUCUCUCUGCAGGAGAGAGAGAGCUGACACCAGCCUGCCUCCUAACAUUAUGCAAAAGCUGGAUUGUUGUUUUGUUUUCCCCUCUCUCCGCACAGGACAUGCUCUCUUCUUCCCACCCGUCUCUGCUCUCAGCAACAUAUGCUCCAACAUAUUCAGACUUCUUUUUUUUUUUUAAAUAGUUGCUCUUAUUUUUUAUGUUGAGCUCGAUCUUUUUUAUACUCAUCACUUGCUGAUGAUCGCCAUUUCCUUUUCUUUUUAACCAAAGCGUUAUUUUUGUUCGGAUUAUACUGUUGAUCCCAUGAUGUAUGUUGUGUAAAUCCUGUCAAUCAAGCGCUAAGUAAGAAAGCCCGUCAUCUGCCAUUAACAGGGUUUUUCACUUCUGCAGCGUCUCCAGAAGGUGGCGCCACAGACUAUUUGCCCACACCAGUGUCUCGUCGUCAGUAUACAGAAGGUGUGUACUUUGAAAGGGAAAUGCAUGGUGGAGUCAUAAGAAACACACAGUAAGAAAAGUUUCGGUGGUAACAUUAACUAUGCAUUUCCACACCAUCGCCUCUGGCAAGGAUCUUGGCAAUAACUGAGUUGUUGAAGACUUUUCUGUACUAACCUCUCCACCCGCAGCACCAAUUCCUACCGCAUCAUCCACAGCCAGACUCUAUGCAUCUUUUAUUUGUGUCGACAGCUCUCUCUCUCUCAUCCCAUGUGCCGAAAUCACCUGACACCCAGUUGAAAAAAAUAAUAACACAUAACAUCAUCCAUCUACUGCUUUGUUUGUUUUUUUACAGGAUCUGCCCAUCCUCGGGGUUAGGGUGUUGGCAGCAUCUUCAGAGCUUCAAACUGUUUUUUGUGGUCCGUUGCUCCUUUCAUGUGUCUACAAUAACUUUACAGUAAACAAAAAGUCCACCCGUCAGUCACAUGCCACAGGAAAAUACAAAACUGUACUCCUGCAGAAAGAGCAUAAAAGAUCUCACUGACAUCGAAAGGCAAUAAGGAAAAGGGACAUUUGUGUUCAUUUUACUGGCAAUCUACACAAUGUUCUUUUUUUGUAUUUGGACGUUCUCGUUCUUUGUACAUGUAAGAUGAGAAGAGCAAGGCUGAAAGGAAAUGGUCAGUGUCUGUGUGUGUCGUUGCCACAGGUCAUUGUUAAAGGGGAAACUUCAGCAGAACAAAGGCGUAACAGCUGAGCACGACUUCAUCCAAACCUUUAUUCUUGCAGCAUCAGGGAUGAACGACUCCAUGAUGCAAUGGUCUGUUUAUCAUCAUUUGAGAGUUUUUGUAGAGAGGACAAGCCGGCGUCCUCGCGGAGGUAACCGGAGUGAGACGGGAAACAAGGGCAUUUCGCUGACACUGGCAUAUCGCAGGGGAGAUUAAAUCAUGUCUGUGUGUGUAGUUCCUCCUUUAUUGAGGGACAACCUGCAAGUUUGUGGAAUAGAAACGGACACAUUAACCAACUUACCACCUCCAACAUCCUUGAGCUGUUGGCAGCAGGAACAAAUUUUGUAUAGUGAUAUACUGGAGUUCUUUAACGAAGCGAUUGAACCAACAGAUGUUGGACUAACACUUGGGUUUCAUUGAAAACUUAAUCCCACGUCACUGACGGCACCGGCCCCGGGUUUCCCGGGCCAAGCACAGGUGACCCCGUGCGUAAGGACCAGACGGCUAAGACUCAUCAACCGAAUUUAAUUCACCAUCAAAGCAGCCAAAGCUCUUGUGGGAGUUUAGGCUUCAGUAUCCACACGUUACAGGUCAGUCGGUCAAGUCAGUGGGAACAAGAACGGGUGGUUUUAGUAAAUGUUCUGUCCUCUGGACGAGUGGAUGGGAACAGGAGGUUCUCAACACAGCUACAUUAACACCUGAGAAGUCAUCUUCGUGGAAGCCUCACUUACUGAACAUCACACGCUCUUCCAAUGUACCACUGUACAAAACAAAUCUUUUAAGGUAAAAAUACUGGGAAAUGGGACUAUUUAUUUCUUUUAAUUUAUUUUGUCAUAUUUUUGUAAGACCUGAAAAAUAGUUAAUAAAACUAUUUCAAAAGCA